AUGGUGGAAACUAGAUAUUAUCCCAUCCCUGUCAUCAUUACAGGCAGUGGCAAUGAGAUUGAGUCGGUGCCUGAAUCGUGUAUAUACGAGUCCACAGAUUUCUUGAAUAUUGGACUGACCACCCUACCUUUACCAGGUCUUGCUACUAACAACGAGGUUUGUAAGUCGGAGGCUUGCUACCAAGUCUCAGCAGAACUUCUCCAGGGUAUUACCAGUGAAAGUGCCUUGACAGAUCCCUGCACUGACCUUCACUCGUAUGUUUGCGGAGGUUGGAGCCAGCUUCACUCUAUGCGACCGGAUCAGGCGAAUAUCGGCCCGAGGACGGUGAUGCAGGACCACAGCGAGGAAUUCAUCCGAACCAUACUUGAAACAGAUGAAGCAUUGGAAGGCUCCUACGCUGCGAACAAUUACAUUGCAAAUUUGCGCAAAGCGGCGCACGGGACAAACACUUUGUCGUUUAGCAGUCCUUUGACUUCGGACUGGCCUUCCAGCGCCCACUACCUGGACCCGGGCUUUGCGAAAGGCUAUGUCGGCACCGUGGAGAGGGUCCUUAGAGUAUUGAAGAUCAAUAACGCAGAAUCUAUUUUCGAUCCUGAAAUGGCCAAAUCCUUUGUACGGUUGGAAUUUGGAAUUGCUGGAAUAGCUGCUGAUGAUGACACCGGCUCAUUUUUGUCCACAUCUGACCAGCUUGUGUCCCUUGCCCAAUUUAAAGGUCUAAUACCCAAUUUAGACAUCGACGAAGUACUUAAGGACCUCAAUGUUUCCCGCCUGAUGCCAGUUCUCGUUCCUUCGAGGGGACAAACCGAUCCAAAGAUUAUGCAGGCAUAUUUGUCCUGGAAGCUCAUUCAAAGGUACUAUAGUCAUGUUAUGACUGAUUCUCUCCGACCUCUGCAGGAUUUCCUGCGGCAACUUGCAGGGCAAACCCCAGAGUAUGAGCGCGAAAGAUGGAGAUUCUGCGUACAAAAUGUCAGGGAUAGCCUGGGCUGGAUUGUGAGCCGAGCUUAUGUGCAGGAACGUCUGAGUGAGACAGAUCAGGAUUACGCUCGGGAUGUUGUAUACAACAUCCAAAACAAACUCAAGCAGAUUAUUUCAGAGUCAUUUUGGAUGUCGGAGGAAACACGUACUCGCAGCAUCGGGAAACACCCAAUUCGAUGGGCAUCGAGAUCGCAUACCCCAGUGGCAUCGCCUGCUUAUGACCCCAGCGCAUCGUAAUGGGCGUUAUAUCCGCUCGACACAUGAUACCCCGCCGCAAAGUAUCGAGACAAUGUUCCAAGUGAAGUUGGCGGUCCGCCAGUUGGGUAUCUGUGAGCU